AUGACCGUGGUCCGCAAUGAUAAGAAUGAGUUGAUACUGUCUCGCACCAUCACGGGGUGGCGCAUGUGCAUAGAUUAUCGACGGUUGAAUUCGGCUACUAGAAAAGAUCAUUUCCCCUUGCCUUUCAUGGACCAAAUGUUAGAGAGAUUGGCGGGGCAGUCGUUCUAUUCUUUUUUGGAUGGCUAUUCCGGGUACAACCAAAUAACGGUGGACCCGGAAGAUCAAGAAAAAACAGCCUUCACUUGCCCAUUCGGUGUCUUUGCCUACCGACAGAUGCCCUUUGGGUUGUGUAAUGCACCGACAACAUUUCAACGGUGUAUGCUAGCUAUCUUCUCGGACAUGAUGGAAGACAUCAUGGAGGUGUUCAUGGACGACUUCUCGGUUUUCG